AAAGCAGCGCCACUAUUUCUGCUGAAUGUUCAGCUUGUUUCUCGUUACAUGUAACGGUUAGGCAAAAAAGAUAUUGAAUACUUUAAUAUUAGUUUAAUUCGUAAAAAGUGCAUUUAUUCUUGUUUAAGUUGAGAAUAAGAUUAUAUUUUAUAUAUUGAAGGAAGAAAUAAACUGAAUUGUGAAAGUUAUCAUAAAGGAGUGACAAGAAAAUCUAGACGAGUGGCGCGUCUGUGCAAACGGGUCUCUUUGGUUGCAUGACGUAAUUGUAUUGAUCGCGGAAGAAGAGCCGAAAGUCGCGCAUUCGCCAUCUUGGACGAAUUGUGGAAAAGAAGUUUCUGUGUCUCGCAGGCGCGGUACGCUUGUAAUAAUUGUAAUCCGUGGCGAUCCAGACAUUAAUUAGUUUAACUGGGAAUUAACCCUUUUGUGAAUUAGAAACCCAUUUGGACGGACCAAGACAAAGGGUUCGUUCUUUGGGUCUGAUUGGUACUAAAUGGUUGCCUGCAGACAGCAUGUCUACUCUGUCAGGGCUCGUGUCGAAGGGGGAGAAAGGAAAAUCAAAGUUUCAAUCAUUAGACAUCAAUAACUUGUACCGGGUGAGUAGGGGAGAGUCUUUAGAGCAACAUCAACAAAAAAAUACAUUACCACGUAAACAUGGAAUGCAAAGUCUUGGAAAGGUGCCUUCGGCACGACGACCUCCUGCUAAUCUGCCUAGUUUGAAAAGUGAACAUAGCAGUAACGAUCCAGCUGUUAGUCUUGUACCAAGUGGAGGAAGUGGUUGGGCUACUACCAAAGAUUCAACGACCACCACUACUACUACGACUACUACAGCUGUAACCACACCUGAUACAACUACUUCACAUUCUUCGCCGACACAAUGUGUACCAGGGACUACUGUGACGGCAUCGCUGCAUCCGCUACUUCCAGGACAACAAAGUAUCUCACAGCCUCCGUAUUCUUCCGACAUAAACAGCAAAUCAUCAUGGAGUGCAAUAAUGAGCAGAUCUGGAGACGGUACUGUAGCAGGAGGCCAACAACAAUCACAACAACCGCAACAGCAGCAACAACAACAGCAGCAGCAGCAGCAGCAGCAACAACAACAGCAACAACAGCAAUCGGUAAAUCGGGAAUUAAAUGCACAAUACGGGCCCGGACCAAGUUUACGACCGCAAACGGAAGGAAGUUGGAUACAAGGUGGAAGCCGCACAAACAGUGGUGCGGGAAUAGGUGCGGCUCCUGGUUCCGGAAAUGGAACCACUUCAGCGGUCCAGGCCCCCCCUUUGAAUAUCAGUGGAUCGGGAGGGCAUUCAGACAUAUCUGGUGGCGGUCGACAGAACUUGGUCCAGUCUCCCAACAUGGGCAUGGCCCAGGGAGGCCCUCCUCAUAGUUCGGCAAAUAGUCAGAACACUUUAAAUUCUAAUUCCCAUCAAGUUGGCUCAAAUCUCCAUCAUUACAGAGGACUUAUUCCCCCAUUUUUGUACAGAGGAAACUUUUCUGGUGGAUUCCCUUCGCAGUUUCCGCCGAACACGAGUUCCAGCGGGCCUAGGCCCCGGUUCAAUUACUCGUCAGAACGAUUUCCUGCUCCACCUCCUAUUCGUCAACAGGAACGCGAUCAGCGUGUUCCCGAGGAAGAAAUCGUUACGCGACCAAUUAUUAAGGAAGAAGAUCUCACUCGAAUGGACGAUAUUUCGCGCGAUGCUGGUUGGGCAGCACACGACGAUAUCGAUUACAAUCAAAAACUUGCCUUCAGCGAUGAAGAACCCGAUUCUGAACCAUCGAAAAAAGAUGAAAAGAGAGAUACCAAGGAGGAGAAAAGCGAGGAAAUUUCGACAGAAGAUAGGGAGAAAAUUAGAGGUAAUCGCGACAAUCGCGAUGAUCAUGAUAAUCGAGAUUCGAAGGAAUCCCGAGAACAACCGAUUCAUCGGACGUGGACUCAGAGCUCUGUACCUCGUGAUUAUCGUGGAUCCAACGGGUCUGGUAGUUAUAGCGGUCAGUCACAACUGCAUUCGGUGCAUUCUUUAAGAGGAGUGGAAGACGACGAAGCCUGGAACGAAAGGCGCAGACUAAAAUUUGAAGUAGCAUCUGCCGUUGAACGCGCUCGACAACGCAAAGAAGAAGAGGAGAAACGGUACCAGGAAUUGACUAGGCAAGCGGCAGCUAAGAAGUUACAAGAUUUGGAGCAAAAAUUAAAAGCUAAGCACAAAGAAGAGGAACGUGGACAAUCGAACGAGUCGAAGAGUUUAAUAAACGUUCCGCCGGUACCAAUUCCAGUUCCUGAUUGGGAAAGGGAACGAGAAAAUAGAGAACGAGAGAGCAGAGAAAGAGAGCGACCUUGCGCCGCUACUUCCGAGGGAAAAGAUGAAAAGUCGUUGAACCGUGAAUUGCGCGAAACCAGAGACAGUCCAAAAGAUGGUAGAGAAUCGCGCGAGCCGUUAAUGUCGGAUUUCCGGCAAGGUGACCGUGAUCGGCAAGGUUUCGCGAGACAACCGGAUAUCGUGCGUAACGAACGCGAAAGGGAACGAGAACGGGAACGAGACCGUGAUCGCGAUCAGAGAGAUACGAGAGAUCGUGACCAUUUAGCGUUCUCUCGGCAUUUUCAAAACAAUUUACCACCUCGAUUUCAAAAACAACAAGCGGAAAGAAGCGGCACUGGUUUCAGUCGAAUCUCGCCUUCUACCGAAAGAUCAUCGACUCAGUCGGUUCCUUUCUCUCAACAGUACGAUCCUGGUAGAUGGGUUCAUAAUCAUGGUUCUUUAAUAGACAAUAACUUAAAAGCAGCACACGGCAAUGCACCGCAACGUCGCAGUAGGACGGAUUCCGAUAUUUCUACUUCGAUGGACGAAGAUCGACCUCCGUCUCGAGAUUAUCGUGGUUCUCUCCUUCGCGACGAUCGAUAUCGUCAUUCUUCGCAUCGACCAUACGAUGCCCGGAAAUCGGCCAGCUAUUACGACGAAUACAGUCGUAAUUGUAGAGAUCAUGAUUACGACGACAGGCAUUCUCGCGAUUCUUGGGAACGCGAACGAUACUUCGAUGAUAAUAAAGAUCGAGAUUCGAAGGACGGAUUGGAAACAAGAGAUGUAAGGGAGAAUCGAGAUAUACGCGAUAAUCGUGCUAACAGAGACAAUCGAGAUUCGAGAGAGAAUCGAGACAGGGAUAGCAAAGAUAAAAAGGAUUACGACAAUUAUUUAAAGGAUCCCUUCGACGAACGCGACCGCGACCGUGAACGCGACCGUGAACGUGAUCGCGAACGUGAUCGUGAUCGUGAUCGUGAUCGUGAUCGCGAUCGCGACCGUGAUCGUGAUCGUGAUCGUGAUCGUGAUCGUGAUCGUGAUCGUGAUCGUGAUCGUGAUCGUGAUCGUGAUCAACGAGAUCGAGAUCGCGAUCAAAGGGAACGAUCGGAGAGUACGGAAUGGCGCGAAGAACGUAUAAUUCAAGAAAGAUCGAUCGAUAAUCGCCGUGAUUCCCAGAGAGAAGAGAGAAUGGAACGCAACGAACGGCCACAAAGACCAGAUUCUCGUGACAGUCGCACUUCCAGGGAAUCGAAAACGUCUUUGCGCGAAGACGAUUCUCACAAAUUGCGAGAUUGCAGUUCUUGGGUGAACGAAGUUGUCGAUUACGAGGAAAGUAAACGUGAUAUGUAUCACGAGGAUACGAGAGACAGAGAAAGGGAGAGGGAAAGGGAGAGGGAGAGGAGGCAGCCGUUGGGGCCCGUGACCAAAGAAAGAAUCGAGGCAGACGAAUUGAAAAACGAAAAACGUAGCUUGACUCAGUUGAAACGAGCCGGUUGCGAUUCGGAUAAAAAGGAUCAGACGAAGGAAUGUACAGAAACGAAGAAAGAAACGGAUGUUUGGAAUAGGAAGCUCGAACGAACGAACGAAAAUGCAAGAACGGCGGAAAGAAGCGACGGCUCUCCGAAAGCGUGGGCUGACGCCGUAUCUCCGACGUUCGACAAAGAAGAAAAACUUUUGGAAUGUAAUAAGAAUGAGAAAGAUACGGAGGACUUGAAGCAAAGUUUCGAGAAAUUGAGCUUGGAGAAAAGAGAGGAUACUCUGAACGAGGAAGUGACGGAGUUGCAGGCUAAAGAAGAUAAACGGGAGAAGAAUACGCGAAACAGAACGAGUAGCGGCGGAUCAAAUUCUAGAGUUCGGGAUUCGCGCGGAGGACGUCAAUGGGGAGGCAUGUACAGCGUGUACGCGCGAGGAUGGCGCGGUCCGGAAUCGAGAGGACGAAGAGGUGGACCUAGAGCGGCAGCUAGACCCGCUUCCGCCAGGAGCGGUUCGUACGGACACACCGAUUCGGAGAACAGUGCCGACGAGGUAUCCGGUUCCACCGAAUCCGGUAAGGAGGAGAAAAAAUCCGCGAGGUCGCCGAAACUCGGUAGCCACAAGUCGGAAAAGGAGGAACGCGUCUCCGGCAGAGACGAUAAACGCGCCGAUUAUUCACAGUCGCAACGCAACGAGAAACGAGCUUACGACGCGAAAUCGAAUCGCGAAGGUUUUGCUCCUUCGGGAGAACCGUCUCGUCGCGGUCGUGGUAGUUUUCGCAUCCGUAGCGCGACUACUGCUGGCAGUCGUAUGGAAGGAUACGGUCCGCCGUCGAGUAAAAGUCCUUUCUCUUCCGAACGCGGUACCGACGAGAAACAAAGUUGCGCGCGACAAAAUCCUUCGACACCUACCCCGGAGAAGGAAGUCGGCUCUUCGAUAUCAUCUUCGCAGCUUGAGUCUGCCGACGAUAAGAUAAUAGCGAAACAACAAGCAUUGACAGCUGGAAUAACUGGAAAACGUGCCAAAUCACCGAAUCAACAAUCUCAGCAGUCCCAACAGGCUCAGCAGCCUUGCAAUAAACAGGAAGCGAGCCAUGCAACCGGUAACGUUGUUUCUCAGAAGGUGCAGUUUAGAAAAGAAGAAACACGCUCGAAAAGAACGCGCAGCGGAAGCAGAAGGGGCAGAGACAAUCGUGAACUACGAUACCGCGGGAAUGGCAGUAACGCGUCGAAGCAAACCUCUUCGGACGUAGGAAACGAAGAUUGGGAAACCACUUCGGAGAAUAGCGGCGAAGAACACGUGGACGAGCAUAAAGAUUCCCGCAAUAGUCGUAAUAAACAAUUCACCGUGUGUACAAGCACGGGUAAUAGUCAAAAUAUGGCCGCAUCGAACAUGCAUUCUCGCAGAAACGAACAAAUAGGAAAUAGCCGGGAGCAGCGCGAGAAAGGUUUAAAGUCUUGUUCGAAUACAACGUCGUCUCGGGCCCCGGGCGCGGAGAAACGAAACUUGCAGAAUUCGAGUUUCGCCAAUCAGAAAAGUCAUUCGAACAGCAUUCCGCCGUUGAUACAAAGCUGCCAAGUGCAAAACGGAAGAUCGAGAAAUCAAACUAUCGGAAGUAAUUCGAUGACUUCGAGUAAAACGACCGUUAAAGAUACCGCGACGGUGAAUCGUAUGGAGGACGUAAAAUUAUCCGAUCCGAAUUUGAUUGGUCAAACUGUUAACGACGCUAACAAAAAGUCUCAGGGAAAGGAGAAGAAAACGAUGGUCGAGUGCGACGGGGAAACAAAUAGUUUCGUCGAAGAUGUAUCGAACGCGAUCGAGGAUAAGCUCGAUUCGGAUGGUUUUCAAGAGGUUCGUUCGAAGAAAAACGUGAAAGAGUCGAGACACGGACAGAAAGAAGAAACGAAACAACCGAUCAAACGCGAAAAGGAGAAGGACAGAGAACGCGAUCGUUCAAAGUCGAAAACGAACGGCUCGCAAGCAGCCUCUCUGCAACAGGUGCAAAAUAUACCCCCUUUGUUGAGUCAAACUAUUCCACAACCUGCGAAUAUCCAACAGAAGCAAUACGACAGAACGUCGAGAAAUCAGAAGCUCGCGCCGAGAUUCCAAAAGCAGCGUUUAGCGAAACAGCAACAGCAACAGCAGAUGUGCGUGUCGGAAGGUACCGAUUCGAAUAAGAUAAACAAUUCGAAUAAUUAUGGUAAAGACUCGUCGAGCGGACCUGCACCUCCGCCCUCCGUAAACGCGUGGGAUAAACCGUUUACGACCAGUCAGCUGCGAUCGAAUUCUCCGUCCGCGGUAUCCGCCGACAUUCAACUGAUACCAGGUUUGUCCGUGCAAAACGAUCACGGUCACGGCGGCCACGGUCAUAGUCACGGUCAUGGUGGUCACACUGGCCAUGGUCAUGUUCACGGCCACGAAGCUAACGAGCAAACGAAUUCUGGAAAUAGUAGUCAACGAAAUUCGCCGAACAGCGAGAAACCUGGGAAAAAUAUGAAAGAUCAACUCGCGGAGAAAAGCUCCGUCGCCGAUGUUUCUUCGCCUCCUGUCCAAACGUUGAUAUUCGAAAAUACAAAUUACUCGAAAACUACCAAGGCCGGUCCAUCCGAUUUAGCGGUGAAGACGAAAUUUCCGAAUCAUAUAAAAACUCAACAGCAGCAACGCGUCGAGAAACGCGCGGAUUUGGAGGAAGAGGGUAACGCCAGCAGCAUUCAACAACAGCAACAGCAACAAAGUCUCCCUGUUGCGUUUUCGAAUAAGCCGAACGAUUUGAUAAAAGACAAGAAUCAAGAACCGAUUCAAAUGCCGCUUUCGUUCAAUAAGAACGAAGACAAUGCUGACAUGAAAUUAGAUUUCACUUUCGAUUCGGAUCUGUCUCAGUUGACCGAGGAUAAAAGCAAAAGUUUAGGGAUGACUCGAUCGAUGCACAUGGCUACCGGUCAAAAUACCAUAUCACCUUCUACCGCAGAGUUGAAUCUGAAAAUUGCCUCGGUAAAGAAAGUAUGGGAAAAUGCGCCUCCGAUGCCAACCGUGGUUGAACACGAGGAUGGCAAUGUCGUCAGUAGCGCUAAUACCUUUCCUCAACCGUUCGAAAGUACGGACGUUGACGAUAGUUACAGCCCUCAUCAACAGUAUAAUCAAAAUAACAUGAAAAAUGAAAUAACCACUUCUACGAACGUGUGCAAGCUGGUUCCCCCGCAGGUGAAGCCGCAGCAACAAUCUUCGGGUAGCAGUAGUGGUCAGUCCGGUUCGACUGUUCCCGGACCGAGUCCUAUCGGAGCAGGUCAGAGUCCUAUUGGUCAUCCUCCUGUUAGUCUUCAAGGACCACUGAGUCCCCCUCCAUUCAACUCUACCGGGCAACCUUCUCAUAUCAAUUAUCAGGAAUUUCCUCAGUAUCCUGGUUCUCAAGCCGCGCAGUAUGGAAGCAUGUCUGCCAUACCUUCUCCGCCAGCUGUACUAUUUAAUACUGGCUCUGGUCAACUACCAGCUCAAGCGGGAGGUCUUUAUGGAGCAUUUCAAUUAGAUCAAAACCGAUCUCCUUUCACUCAGUAUCCUCCGUAUGCUCCGUCGCUUCAGAAUUCAUUCAGUCAACAAAAUGUUUACUUGCAACAACCUCCACCACCGCCACCGCACGCACCUAAUGCGCCUACGCCGGAUAUGUAUCAAAAUAAUCUUUCGCAAUACCGCAUUACCGCAGCUGCUGCUCCGCCGUUUGGACAAAAUCAACAGCUCAGUAACAAUCCGAACACCGUUCUUAUUAGUUCCUCCUCGAAUUCAUUGAUGUCAGCUAGUGUUAAGCCAUCUUCUCAACCCAUUGGCGCCAUUGGAACUAAAGCUCCACACUUUCAAGCUCCGUCGGCACCUCAACCAAAUCCAUUAACGUACAUACCAUAUGAUCCAAAUCAAGUACUCGGCGUGAGUGGCAGUUACAUGGGCAAUUCCCAAUUGGUACAGAGACCUGGUCCGAACGUUCAAGCCUCGGCCAAUAGUUAUUAUAGCGCUACUUCGGCUGAUGUAUUCCCCGGCUCGCAAACAGGUUUUUAUCAACAAGGAGGUGCUACGCAACAGACUGGUACUCAUUACGGCCUGCAAGGAUUUGGUCAACACAGCCAAAGUUUAGCAACUGGCAAUGCUACUCCCGUUGGUCUUCAGAAUUUUAGCACUGGAUUUUUAUCCAGUUCAGGUUUACAGAUUGCUGCGGCUGCAGCGGCUCAACAAUUUCGCAAUCCUACUGGAGGACUUCCUGGACCAGCGAACGCUGGCCCUACCUUUCUUAGUAAGCAUCAACCGCAAGAACAACCUAGACAGUUAAAGAGUCCUUCGGGAAAUCAGCAAGAUGUCCUUGCAUCAGUUUUCAGUUCUACGCCACAGAUACCGUCUCCCAAAUCGAGAAAUUGUAAACAGCAAUCUACGUCUCAGCAACCACAACCGAGUCCCACGCAACAUCACAAGUAUCAACAGUAUCAAGGAGUUAGUCAGUCGACACUGGUUUUACAACAAAAUGUUCGCGGUAUGGGUAUGCCACCACGCGCUGGCAUUCAACCAUCGCAACAACGUUAUCCGCCACCCAUUCAGAGACCGGUUGUUCCAUUUACACCGGGUCCAAAUCCUAACAAUCCUUCGCAACAACAGCCUAAUUGCAUUCAAUCGCAGCAGCAACAGCAAGCUCAGAUUAAUCGUCAUAGACCGAAUUUACAUCAGCAACAACAACAACAACGUAAUAUGAAAAUGCAGCAACAAUAUUAUUCAACCCAAGGAAACGUUAAAAUAGACGCGAAUGAAAAAACAGAUUCUCAUAAUGACAAAAUCAGCGACGGUAAUUCCGGUGCUCAACAAGGAAGCACUAAACCCAAUGUGAAUUCGCAAGACAAUGACAAUAAGGAAGAGGUGAAUCAACAAAACGAAUGAAUUUAAAACAAAAGAAAAACGUUCGUCUUAUCCCUCGGAAAGUACUGUUUACCGCUACGUAUUAGUAUGACAUCGAUUGAAAGGUAACUGAUAAUAAUUAAUUUGUUGUCACGAAUGGAGCAGGCUAUACUCCAAUUGAUAAUCGUGUAUUGUUCUACAACGAGUUGAAGCACUUUCUGCGUUUAGAAUCAAUAACUCGGUAACUUGGUCGUGUCUAGUUAGAAUAACUUAAUCACGAUAUACUGGAAAACGGUAAAAGUAGGUGAUGUCGUCGUUACAUGCAACAAUAUUUUCCCACGUUAACUAUUGCGACGUUACGUUCCAUGAACUCUCGACGAACGGAACAUUUUUAUUGGACAUUCCUUUUUGUUCGACAGAAUACUGCAAAUUGCAGCGGAACAAUGUCACGAAAGAAUAAUGAAAUAAUGUCUCCCUCCCUUGCCGCAUCGCCCCCUCCCCACACACAUACACACACACACACACACACGCUUCCUCCUCCCCUACCCUUUCUCCCCAUCGCUCCGCAUAAAUAAAAAGAAAGCAAAUAAACAUUGGACGAUACAUUGGAAAUAAGAUAGCCGAAAGUCUCGGCGAAAUACUUCGAUGAAAGAGACUGUGGCAUCUUCGACUCGUCCACGACAUAUAUAUAUAUAUAUUGAAAGUCGAAAGAGUCAAAUAAUUCAAGUGGCGCGCACAAUGUAUCCCUUACUCGGUGUUAAUCGAUUAUCAUAACAGUUAACUGAAUUGCACUGACUAUGAAGACAACAAACGUGCACAAGACUUCUGUAUAUGGACAAAAAUUGCGGUUUGUGGUAUACGAAUAAUGUAAAAGCCAGAUUUCCGUGGAACGUACUUCAACGAAGAAGAUGUUGCGUGAUCGUUGCCACAUUUUAUAGAACGACAAAAUGGAAGAAAAAGAAUAAAAACAAAGACCGAUUAAAAAAAGACUGUUUCGUGUGUAUCGAAAUUGCAUAAACAUAAAAGUAUUCGUGCAAUGGUCGAAUAGAUCUGCAUGAUGUUGUCCCUAAUUACAGCGUGACAAUUAAAAAAAAAGUUCGUGUACAUUAAUCAUUUACGGAUAUAAUGUGAGGUCAUGACGAAGCUUGUGAAAAAUAAAUAGUGCAACAAUUGUUUAUAGUACUAAAUAUAUUAUCAUGACCUAGCCAUGCUCAGAAAGAGUAUCAGUAAUAUUAGAAAUGUAAUGUAAGGUAUCGCUUGAAUAAGAACGAAACACGCACUCGAUUUCUUCGUGCGUAGUAAUAUUUCUACUAGGUUGCAACAUUAUCGCAAUGUACAAGUCGUAGACAAAAAUUGUAUAUUCUUUUUGCUUUUCUUGCGUUUCGCGCAAUUAUAAUUAUAAUAAUUAUCAUUAUCAUCAUCUUCGCCCACAUUAUCAUCGUAUUUUAAUUUUAUUUUCAAUACUAUCGUCGUUGUCAUUAUCAUCAUUGUCAUUAUUAUUUCUAUUAUAACAUUAUAUUAUAUGUAUUACCAUUGCCGUCGUUGUUACUACUGCCGCUGCUACUAUUACUUAUUACCAGAACCGCUACCAACGUCAUCAAUUCUGUCAUUAUUUUUCAACUUGUUACGGUUAUUAUUACGAUGGUGAUCGUCGUCGUCGUCGUCGUCGUCGUCCUCGUCGUCGUCGUCGUCGUUGCCUGCAUUAUUUUUAUUAUCAGCAUCUGUACCGCGACCACUAUUCCUCAUAAUUACGAUCAUUAUAAAAACGAAACCGAUGAAAAUAAACAAUAAUAUUUACAAGAAUUCAUUUUUAACAAUUUUACUGAAACAACGAAAGCUUAUUUAAGAUAUCACGGAACCACUAUGCUACUUACUGCCAUUCACAUGAUAAAUUACCAUUCGCAAUCUAAAUACUAUCUUAGUUAAUUAUUUAUUUAUGACACGAAACAGAAAGCAGUGAUAUAUGUAUGUUACAAUUAAUCGAGCCAUUGAUAAAUCCAGUAUUUAUAAAACGCUCACAUUUAGUUUUACGUGAAUUUCUUUCUUUUUAUAUCUAAUGGCCUUGAAUAAAAUUACGAAUUACGAUAGAAAAAUUUGUGCUUGAUAAUCGUUUAAAAUACGGGUGCCUUCCACGUACUGCCACAUACAUACGCAUUUUUUCUUUUCGAAAUUAUUUCGAUUGACGUUAAAAAAUUGUGGUGUUUCAUUGAAACGUUCUUUUUCCUAAUCUAAUGAUCAUAUAGAAAAUGCUUCGAAUCAAGGACAAUAUAGUGAAAUAUAAAAUAUUUGUAACCCGAUCACUUUGUUCGAAUGUAAUGGCAUAGAAAGGGACGAAACGAGACACUCUCCGGCAAUAUCGUAGAUAACGAACAAUGCUUUAAUAAUAAUAAUAUCGUUUCAUUUUUUUCAUCUUUAUAUAUAAGUAGUAUUAUUUGUAAUAAGUAGCGUUACUACUACUACUAACAAUACUACCAGUAGUAGUUAAUAACAGCAGCAGCAGCAGCAGCGACAGCAGCAGCAGCAACAGCAGCAGCAGCAGCAGCAGCAGCAGUAGUAGUAAUAUCAGCGAUAGUAUUCUAUGUUGAAACUAAAGUAUCUGUUUAAGAAAGCAUGUAUCUUCACUGGCUCGAAGCUAAAAUCGUCAACCUGUAAAUAUGAUAUUUUAAUCCAGUAAAAGAUAUAAAAAAAAAUCACUGGUGAUAUCAUUUACGAUUAUAAAAAAUGUUAUUGAGCCCUUGAUUCAUUUUGGAAGUUGAACGACAGUAGUUGUGGUGGUGCUACUAAAUCGUUGAAAUUGUAUAGCCACUGCAGCAUUAUCGUUACAAAUUAGUUAGAAAUUAGUUAAAAAUUAGUAAAAUCAGUAUUAAAUUAUUAAUAUUUAUAACAUUAAAGCUAUCACUACUGCUGCUGGCGUUAUUGAUCGAUUGCAAUAGUAAAUAUUCUAGAAUGACAUAUUAUUUACUGUUACAAUAGUGCUAUUAUUUCGUAUUUAGUAAUAUCGUAUCGUAUCGUAUCGUAUCAUUUGAUUUUUUACGUUUAGAAUAUUAUAUUAUUUUUUGCAUUUCUUCUUUAUUCCUUGUAACUCCCUCGUUUACAUUAUUAGUUCGAGUAUGUUCUUUAUAUUCUACUUAUUUUCUAUUGGUACCAUUUUAAUUUAACAUAAUUAUUGCUAACAAUCACCGUCAUCGCUAUAGCUGUCGUAACGUAGUCGUUAUUGUGAUUAUAAUUACCGUAUAAUUAUACGAUGUUACGUGCUCUGUGAAUUUGAUAUACCAAUUUUUCUCGAGAUUCGCCAAUUAAAUAUAAUACAAUAAACUCUUAUAUACUCGGAAUGAACGGCGAUCAAACCGUUAUUGCCACUACUGUUGGUCAUAAUGUUAACGUUGUUAAUAGUGACGAUGUAACUGUCAUUAUUGUAUUCGUGCUUGAUCAAAGGAGCUGAUAACAGGAAAACGAAGAACGAACUGUGAACGAGUAAGUAAAAAGAAAAUACGGUGUCCGACGCGAAAAAGUAUCUCGAAAUACUUGUAAUUCGAAUACAAUGAUUCAUCUGUUUACUUAUUAUCGAUAACAUGCGACAUAAUCCUUUUCCGGAUUAUAUACCAAAACCGUACAGAAUUCGAGCGCAAGAGUCUGUCUGUUGGAUUAUAACGUUACUCAAAUAAUGAUAAUUAUUUGUUUAUAAUAAAAUUGUAAUAUACCGAGAUACAUUUUACAAUAGAAAAGAUAUCAACUGUC